AUGAUGAACCUCGCCGCUAAUCAGGUCGCUUUGAUUCCGAACGGCAUCGCAGCAGCACAGAGCGGGCCGACUUCCCUCCCGCAGCUUCAGCUCCUUCGCGCGCUGGCGGCGACUCAGAUCGCCAACGCCUCCGUCAGCGCGGGCCCGCAGACUUCGCUCUCGAGCCGCGGAUCGAAGCGAAGCGCCAAGGACGAUAGCAAGACGCUGCGCCCGCGUAAGCGUGGCCGGCCUUCGUACAAAGACCGCGCCGCCGCGGCUCUUGCGGCGGAGGAAGCGGCGAAGGCGGCGAAAGCCGCUGCGAUGGCGGAACGCGAUAUUCUCCUCCGCCAGAUCGCCUCGCAAAUGGCGCCGCAAAUGUCGCCGCAAGGAGCGCUUAUGCUUCUGCAGCAACAGAUGGCGUUGCAACAACUGGGGAUGCUGGGAGCCAACCAGAUCGGCGGAUUCCCCGCCGCAAUGUGCGCUGCACCGCCUGCGCUCGCGCAUCUGAGCGCGGGAAACAACGGCGUGACCGCCGCGGCAGCCAUGGAUGCGGCUCGACAAAUGCCGACCGGUGCCGACAAGAUCGCGGAUCGUGUGGCCUCCGGAGCCGCUAGCCGUCAAUUCUGCACGUCGGACGUGGAUUUCGCGGGGAUGGACGGUUCCGCGUGGGACCAAUCGCGGCUGUUCGCUGUGACGGCGAACGAGACCCAUCGGCAGCGCACGGAGGAUGUCGAUACACAUCGACACACGGACGGCCAUUCGGGUGACGAAAACGAGAGCGACUUUAACGGAGAUGCCUCGAGCUGGCCCCGGCGAGUCACAGAAGACGGUAACCAAGCAGCCGUCGCGGCCGCUGCGACCAAUCAAGCUGUACCAAGUGGCAUCUUCAUGGCGCCGCCGCCGUCCAAGGGUGCCGCCGGCCCUGGAGCCAUGCCGGCCCUGGAUUGGAUGUUCUCUAAGGAGACGCGCUUCGUGCAACCCGCGCCUAAGGACGACUUGGAAGAGCAUGCAGAUGAGCACGUGCCUGCCGCCCCUGCUGUACCGGCUCGUCUGGCUAUUCUAUCCGUACCUGCAGGCGUGGGCCCUGUUGCUGGUUUGACGGGCCUGACUCGGUCCAGGAGCAACAUUGAAGCUGUGCUUGCUUAUGUGGAUGCUGAGAUCCAGGCAAGGAAGUCUAGGAUGGGUGAGGCUAAGGAAGGUGCUUCCGUGCCUGCUCAUUUGGUUCCCACCUCUGUUGAAGUUAGGGAGGAGCUCAAAGCUCAAGAUCAGCUAGACCUGUCGCUUCAUUUGUAA